AUGAGUGUUGCAGACAGAAAGCAACUAGUGCAGUCGAAAGGAUUGUGCUUCAACUGCCUUUCUCCAGCUCAUCGGUUACGACAGUGUACAUCAAGCGGAUGCAAGAUCUGCCAACAACGGCAUCAUACGUUGCUGCACGAAGCAGCGCCUGCAACUGAGGCGUCGGAUGAUCCAUCCACGAGUUCUACCUGUCCUCAUCAGUCCCUUACCCACUGUUCCAUCCAGAUCGAAAACAGUGUUGUGUUGCUGCAAACCGUGCUGGUCCAGGUAGAUGACAAUCACGGACGAAGUCAUCUAGCACGUGCCUUGCUGGAUUCCGGAGCACAACUCAACAUCGUUACCGAGCGCCUUACUCAACGGCUGGGUGUGGCAAAACGGCGAGAGAAUCAUCGCAUCGGAGGAAUCGGAGAAGUUUCCGUGACGUCACAACAUUCGGCUGUGUUAAGGAUCCAUUCUUUAGACAGCGAAUACACAGCGUCCGGAAAGUUCCACGUACUCAGCAAGCUCACUCGUGAGCUCCCAUCAAGCCGUAUCAACAGAAGCAGCUGGCAGAUACCUCAUCAAGUUCAGCUGGCCGAUCCUUCGUUUCACAGUCCUGGCCCGAUCGACCUCAUCAUCGGAGCAGAGCUGUACUACGACGUCGUUAAGGAGGGACUCAUCAAGCUAUCCCACGAAAGAGUGACACUCCAAAACACUGCUUUCGGUUGGGUGAUAUCAGGUAGAGUCAAUGUUCAUGCACCAUCACCAUCUUCAUCCAUCGUUGGACACGUCUGCAGUACGAGCAUCGAAGAGCAGCUGAACAAAUUCUGGGAGCUGGAGUCAUGCCGAGCCACCAGUACAUUAUCCGUCGAGGAGAGCAACUGUGAGAAACAGUUCGCAGCCACCACCACCAGAGACACCGAUGGUCGAUUCAUCGUACAGCUACCGAAACGAGAGGAGAAGCUGGCUCUUCUUGGGGAUUCGAAAGGGAUAGCCACACGCCGGUUCCUUGCCUUGGAACGUUGGCUAUCCUCGAAUGCCUCAUUGAAGACAGCUUACACACAGUUCAUCGAGGAGUACGCAGAGCUUCAGCACAUGACAGAAGUAGCCGAGAGCGAUGCUACAACUUCAUCACCAUCAUACUAUCUCCCACAUCAUUGCAUCGUGCGACCAGAUAGUACCACCACUAAACUCCGAGUGGUGUUCGACGCUUCGUGUGCAUCAGACACCGGAACAUCUUUAAACGAUGCACUGAUGAUCGGACCCACUAUCCAAGACGACCUGAUGUCCAUUCUAUUGCGGUUUAGAAUGUCGAAAUUUGCCCUGGUAGCAGACAUCGAGAAGAUGUACCGGCAAAUCAACAUAGCUUCCAUCGAUCGUCCGCUGCAACGAAUCCUGUGGCGAAAUUCUCCAACCGAGCCGAUACGAACGUUCCAGCUCAACACCGUCACCUACGGCACAUCAUGUGCUCCGUAUUUGGCCACCAAAACCCUGCAAGUGCUAUCUCAGGUCGGGGCUAGCAACCAUCCCGAAGCGGCAACCAUCCUCGGACGAGACUUCUACAUGGACGACAUGCUGACUGGCGUAAACAGCAUUACCGAGGGUCAACGAGUAUGUCAGCAACUCAUCGAUCUCCUGGCUUCUGGUGGAUUCUGCUUGCGGAAAUGGGCCACCAACAACAGGCAGAUCUUCGAACAUCUGCCCCAGCAUCUGCAAGAUGAAAGGACGAUUCUCAACUUGGAUGCGAAGUCACCGAUCAUCAAGACACUCGGACUGAAGUGGAACGUUUCCACCGACGCUUUUGUGUUCAACAUCCCACGCUGGAACGCAGACAACAUCAAGGCGUACGGAGCGGCGAUUUACCUGCGUUCGACCAACACCGAUGGACGUGUGACAACCAACCUCAUCACUGCAAAAUCCAAGGUGGCACCACUAGCAGACUCCCGUAAGCAAAAGCGUGUUUGCUUACCCCGGCUGGAGCUUUCUGCAGCACUCCUACUGGCACACUCGUACGAGAAAGUGUCAGACGCCUUGAAGCUACAGGUCGAGACCAUCUUUUGGUCUGACUCAACCAUCGUCCUGCAUUGGUUGUCUGCAACUCCGUCACGCUGGAAAACCUUCAUCACUAACCGGGUGUCCGAGAUCCAACACAUCACUCACGGCAAGGAGUGGAGACACGUACCCGGAACGGACAAUCCUGCGGACAUCAUCUCCCGAGGAAUGGAUGCAGAUCAGCUGGAAACUUCAACCCUUUGGUGGCACGGACCAGACUGGCUGGCGCAACCAUCAGAGGAAUGGCCGAACACUCAUCAACCUCGACAGGAAGAAUUCACCACGGACGAAUUGGAGGAGCGACCAAUCUGCAUGGCUGCACAAUCCGUGGCUCCGAACGAACUUUUUAGCCUCCGUUCAACGUUCACUGGACUGCAACUCGACAAAUCAUUCCCAGAAGACAUCAAACAUCUAUCGAAAGGCGAUUCGGUUAGCAACAACUCACCUUUAAAACUACUAGCACCGUUUCUACAAGAUGGUCUGCUACGAGUGGGCGGAAGAUUGCGACAUGCACCAAUCCCGUUCGACCGAAAGCAUCCGUACAUCUUACCCGCCAACCAUCCGCUGACGAAUCAGAUUGCAACCCUGUAUCAUCGGACCUAUCAACAUGCGAAUCCACAACUACUGAUAGCGAGCAUGCGAGAACGAUUUUGGCCACUGCGAAACCUGGCCAGAAGAAUCGUCCACUUCUGCUACAAAUGCUACCGUUGCCGCCCCACACCUGCGCAGCAACUCAUGGGCGACCUUCCAGCAGAGAGAGUUACACCAACGUCAACUUUCUUACACACCGGAGUCGACUUGUGUGGACCGAUACACUAUCGACACACAUCUCGGAAGGCGCAACUCAUCAAGGGCUACGUAGCGAUUUUCGUCUGUAUGGCAGUGAAGGCUGUACACAUCGAAUUGGUAGCGGACCUGUCUACCAACGCAUUCCUUGCGGCACUUCGACGAUUCAUCGGACGACGCGGGAAACCGGCUCUCAUCGAAUGCGACAACGCUAGGAAUUUUUUGGGCGCCUCCCGAGAAAUUGCCUCCUUGUCCAAGCAAUUCAACCACCAGUGGCAAACAUCAGUGAUUAAGUCCUGCAUCGACGAUGGCAUCCAGUUCAAGUUCAUCCCACCUCGCUCACCCAACUUUGGAGGUCUUUGGGAGGCGGCAGUGAAGUCUUUCAAAACACACUUCAAGCCAACCGUUGGGAACGCCAUCCUCACGAGCGACGAACUCAACACGAUACUGAUCCAGAUUGAAGGAUGCCUCAACUCUAGACCACUUACACCACUCUCCAAUGACCCAUCUGAUCUGGAAAUGCUGACCCCAGGUCACUUCCUCAUUCAUCGCCCCAUCGUAUCCCUGGCCGAACCAUCGCUGGAAAAGCUGCCGUUCAACCGUCUCGAUCGCUGGCAAAAGGUGCAGGAGUUUGUCCGUCGACUAUGGAAACGCUGGUCAACAGACUACUUGUCCGGACUACAGCAGAGAACCAAAUGGACCAAGCAGAAGGACAACGUGAAGCUGGAUACCAUGGUGCUGCUGAAGGAGGACGGGCUACCUCCAUCGAAAUGGUGUCUUGGCCGCGUCACGCAGAUCAUCAAGGGAGCUGACGACAACAUCCGAGUGGUCAUCGUCAAGACGAAAGAUGGAGACUUCAAGCGUUCCAUCUCUAAAAUCUGCGUUCUUCCCACCGACGAGCCAUCCAGUUCAUCCUAG